AUGGAGAUGGAGGCCUCGCCGGCGCCGACGAGCUCGCUGCGGCGCAGACUGCGGGCCACGGUGUGCUGCUGCUUCGGCUACGGCGGCCGGGCGCGGUGGGGCGGGCGGGACAGCCGCGGCGUCGGCAGGUACGACCCGCUCAGCUACGCGCUCAACUUCGACGAGGGCCCCGACGACAGCGACGACGACGUCGACUACGACGACUUCAGCGACGGCGGCCUCCUCUACCGUAGCUUCCCCUCGCCGCCGCCGCCGCUGCCUCAGCCGACCCGGGAGCGGACGUCGUCGAUACCGCCGCCGCGGCCGGCCGUCGCGGCCGCGUAGAUCUUUUGCUAGCUCGGUCAUAUGCUGUGUUCGGUGUGUCUCCGUUUCAUUUCCAAGUUUGCUGCGUGUAACUAGAUAAAAGAUGUUGAUCACGUUUACUAUUGAUGACGUUUCACCUUUCA